GGAGAUUGCAGCUUUGCUCUACCCUGCUGCUUUGCCCUUGCAGCAGAGAAUUAACCUAGGGGCAAAAUUCCUUUCCCUUGUGCUGUUUCAGUUGCACUCAGAGACUUUCUCUUCUGUACUGAACAGCAGCUUCAUCCCAGAAGCAGCUCCUGGGGUCCUCACAUUCUGUGCUGUCAGGAUGACCCAGCAGUAGUUAUCCCAGUAGUAACAAGAGUGGUCCUACUCAGCCAGUUAUCACAGCCCCUUAGUAUGUGGGACUCCUGGGCUAUGGCAGGGCAGCUAAUCAUGAAAGAUGCGAUGGUGUCAUCUGUUAAUGCAAGAGGCAGCAACAGCUUUUCCCUCUACCAAAUAGGGCAUUAGGUUGGACAGGGCAGAAAUGCCAGCUGAGAGCAGCUUGAUUUCCAGAUGCCCAGCUCCCUGCAGGGCACAUGCUCAGCACCCCUACUAUAUUUGCAAUCACAAAGGAAAUGCACCUCAUUUGAACGCAGUGGGCCAAAGCAGGUGAUCUGAAUGCACCAACCAAGCUGCAGCUGUGAUUGUGUUACUGGGCUGUUAUUCUUGCAGCUGGCUUGGCUAGGGGAAGCAUUUUUUAGCUUAACAUGUAGGGGGCAGAAACAGCCUGGCCCCACUCUCUCUUCCUAUGCUAGCUGUCCUUUUCCCAAUGGGGAGAGACAGAGACUGAUAUUCCAGUUCAGAUCCACAGUGGCAGGUUUCUUUGUUCUGAUCCAGGACUGAAAUUAACCCUGCAGCCAUACCCCUCGCCCUGAUGCCAUAACACUCCACCUCCCUGCAGCGAUUGCAGUCGGAUCACAGCACUAGAACAGCAAGGAGUCAGCUAGAGUCCCCUUAGAUGCAGGUAGUGCUUCUCUGUGCCUGGGAGAGGUUGUUAGAGGAGAAUGGUGCAGAGAUGAUUUAAGGGGCUGGAGGAAAGUUAGAUGAGAGACCCUGUAACUAGGCUUAGCAGUGGAUGAGGUUAACUCUUUAAGUACCCAAAUGGGGAACUGCAAUAGAUUCCCCCCACCCCGCCCUGGGCUAUUUGGGAUGUACGCUUGCUUAGCAGCACCAUGUGGGGUAUAAUUUUCCCCAAGGGAUGGGAGCUUAUGUAUUUGGGGUCCCUGGGCACUGGGACUGGCCGGAGCAAACCAAUUAACCUUCAUGUGGCUUUAAUUUGCAAGGCCCCUCAUACUGGGUAAAUUCUCCCUGUUUAACACAGAAAUCUGAGGCAUAUGGGUGUGUCACUGCUGCUUACAGUGGGAGUUGAGUAGAGAGCCAGGAUUGGAACCCAAGAGUCCUCAUCCUGGAGCUAGAGCUGGUUCAUGCCUAUUUUGCAGCUACUUGAGUUCAGAGGCUGCAGAGUGCACUGGUCAAAGUUCUCCAGCUUGCUAGAGAUCUCACUGAAACAUGCUGCCUUUGGCAAGGAGAUGGGACUGUCCACAUAGCUAGUGGAUUUUAUUUCCUACAGUGGAACCUGGAGGAGCCAGUCAAGGUCAUGGCACCAUUGUGCCAGGUGCUGGAGACACACAGUGAAAGACAGUCUCUGUCCCAGAGAGUUUUCAGUUGAAACAGUCAAAGAAUGAGAGUGGAAGGGUCACCCCAUAGCUCAGUGGCAGAGCUGGGAAUAGAACCCAGGCAUCCUGAGUCCCCUUCUAACAUCCUAGUCACUGAAAGAUCUACAGAAACUCAUCCAAAACUCAGCCCAUUUGGAAGAAGGUGCUACCCGGUACAGGGUCUAGGCUUAGACUCAAAGCUGUUCUAAAUCACAGAUCUGCUCUAUCUGCUUUGCAUGGAGGUGGAGUGGGAUUUGAGAUGGGGGCAACAGGGUGGAUGGGCCUAUGGCCCCACAGAAAGCUUGCCCACUCAUAUGCUAGGCCAGAGAGAUCAGCAUUUGAAUUCUGCCUAAGAAACCUUAGUUAUAUUUCCUCCUCCAAGACUAGACCUAGAAAACCAGGAUUAUUCCAAACAUCCCCUCCAGAGAAACCAAGGAGGGCCGGAUAUUUCAUGACCCCUUUAUCUAAUGUGGAAUUGGCCUGCCAGACCCCUCCUUCCCAAAGGGUGGAGCUAGCUGCCUAGCCAAUGUGGUGUUGGGAUAACUGGGUGGGUCCUCAAGUCCCUGUUGACCAAAGGAUAUCAUCCUGAUGCUGAUUGGCAGGAUGGUUAGAGAAAUAGCAGGACUUUGGGGCAGGUGUGACUGAGGCAGUUGAGGGGGACGAGAGAUGCAGAGAUGCUGUAGCCCUCUAUAGCUUCCCCCUUUCCAGGAUCACGCCACUGAAGGCCAUGGCUGGUGCUGGCAGCUGGUGGGAAAAUCCCAGCACCCCAUUUGGAGUUGGCGAGCUGAGGGACAGGCCGGUGUCUCUCAGGAAGCACCUGAGGAGCCAGAAGGAGAAGCAGAGCAUUGCCGAGCGGCUGAACCUCAGUUUCACCUUGGUGCCCAGGAAGUCUCCCCUGGGCUAUUACCUGGGCAGGCUUGUGCCCUCAAAGACCUGCUCUUUCCGCCAGAGGCUGCCUGUGGAGGCCAGCCUGGGCAUUGCCUGGCAGCCUGUGGUGCACUCUCCCAACACCAUCACCUCCCGCAGGGCUUCUGCAGGGGCCUGGCGGGCUAACACUGCCCUGAGAACAGGCCAUGUCACAGACCAGACCCAGCUCAAGGGCAGCAGGAUCCUGCUGCCCCCGACCAAGCCAGCUCUCGGUAGAGUGAGACCCAUCUCCUCGCCCAGGGCAGUGAUGCUGUUUGAGCUGCACAGUCCUGCUGCCCAGGAGCCCAAACCCACCAGCAGGCACAAGCAUGCUGUGGUCAAACCAGCCAUCAAUGCCAGGAGGGCCCAGCUGGCAGAAUGGCAAGCUGCCAAGGGCAAGGUGCUGAAGAGACCCCCAUGUGUAAUGGUCCCUGUUCCUCCCAAGAGAUGCUUGUCCAAGGAGCCCGCUGUCCUGUCCUCCUGGACCACCAUAAUGGAUGAAGAGGAGAUGAGAUCAGAGCCAGACCAAGCCAGCCUGGCAGUUCUGGAGCAGCCCAGCCAAGCUGGCGGGGGCACCCGCAGGGAGGAGGUACCUCCAUGGGACCCAGCCACUCGGGGGACCCAGGACUCGGAGUACUGGGUCCAUCUCCAACAGCCUGCAGGGGCUGCUGGGAGCACCUGCCUUGCUGGCAAGGGACCUGAGCAUCUAGUAGAUGAAGAGUGUGGAUCAGCAAGGGCUGUGGACAAUGGCAAGAGACUCCUGUAUGCAUCUAUGCUGCAGAUCAGUGUGUGGAAGAGACUACCCAAGCUGCCACUCUCUGCUCCACACCCAUCUUCCCUGGCUGCAGAGUGAACCCAUUGUGCCACUAGCCUAUAUCCCUUGCUCAAUCUGUCUUGGCUGAUCUGAGAAGAGUUUGGGAAGGAGAGAAUCUGCAUUUGGACACUCCCAGGGCUGUCUCUUUAGCCUCCCAGUUGUGUACAGCCCUCUCAAAGCACCCCAUGCCAUGGGGUAUGUCCUGUCCUAGCUGUCGAGGACCCUUGUAGGGAAUCCAAAACACUGGAACCCUAAAGAGAUGUUUCAUGGCAGGGCGGGGACUGAACUAGGACAAGCCGUAACCCCCAAAAGGGCUGCAGAUCUAAAUGUCUGUCUUUUACACUUGAAUCCGAACUCCAGCAUUGCUCCCAUCUAGCUUUUAUAUCUAUUGUCUGUCACCAAGCUGUCUGCAAAGGCAUGUUUUAUGUAACCUGUACUGAACUCUUCAAUAAAAGUCUUUAAUAAAGAUCCUA